AUGUCUUUAGAGGAGAAGGAGAAUGUCGAACUCGGAAUCAUUGGUGCAGGUGGAAUGGGUCGAUUUUAUGCACAUCGUCUUUCCAAAGCUGGCUGGAAAAACGUGAAUGUAUGCGAUCUACCAGAGAAAUACGAAAAGCUCAAAGAGGACUUUGAAGGAACACCUAUUAAUGUAUUGCCUGAUGGAUUUCACGUUUCGCGUCGUUGCGAUUGGAUCAUGUAUGCCGUUGAAGCCGAAUAUAUCGAAUCUGUAGUAGCGAAAUUUGGACCUGCCACGAAAAUGGGUGCCAUUGUGGGAGGCCAGACAUCAGUGAAGCAGCCGGAAAUCGAUGCAUUAACAAAAUAUCUGCCAUCUGACGUGCAUAUCGUGUCGUGCCAUUCUAUGCACGGACCUGGCGUCGAUCCCCGUGGUCAGCCGCUGGUUGUUGUAUGUCAGCGAGCGACAGACGAAAAGUACGACCUCGUAUUGAAGAUUCUGUCAUGUUUCGAAUCCAAUUUUGUACAUCUCAGUGCCGAAGAGCAUGAUCGGAUCACCGCAGAUACACAAGCUGUCACCCAUGCUGCCUUUUUAAGUAUGGGAAGCGCAUGGAAGGCAAACUUUCAAUUUCCCUGGCUCAUUCCACACUUUGUGGGCGGUAUCGAAAACGUCAAGGUCAACGUAGCAAUGCGGAUCUAUAGCAACAAAUGGCACGUUUAUGCAGGUCUUGCUAUCAUGAAUCCCAUUGCCAAAGUACAAAUUACACAGUAUGCACGAUCCGUUGCAGAUUUAUUUAAACUGAUGAUCCAAGAAAAAGAAGAACAGUUUCGAGCGCGGAUUAAAGAGGCUGGCGAAUAUGUAUUUGGCGGAUUACAAAAGGACCAUGUUCCAAUUUUACUGUCAGACGAUAUCCUUGACGAGUUCUCAUUAUCCAAGAUGCCCAAAGCACAACAGCGUCAGCCAAACUCGCACUUGUCGCUGCUUGCUAUGGUCGAUUGUUGGUAUACACUCCGUUUGAGUCCGUACGAACACAUGGUGUGUCAGACUCCGUUAUUCAGAUUAUGGAUGGGCAUUACGGAGUAUCUAUUCCGCAAUCCAACCAUGCUGGAAGACGCGAUCCAAGCGGCACUUUACCGUAAAGAGAUUCGACCAGAUGACAUGGAGUUUGUUACCUGUGCACGUGGCUGGGCCGAAAGUGUAUCCUUAGGAAGCAUGGAGGCAUAUCAAAAGCGAUUUACGGAAUCAGCCGCAUACUUUGAGGAUCGCUUCUCGGAGAGCACCAUCCUGGGCAACAACAUGAUUGCCAUGAUAUCGAAGAACAUGCAGAAAUAA